AUGGGGAAGUUCGUGCCGCCUCAAUCACAGGGUCGCCCUCGCGAUAGGAGCCCUUCCUAUACAAAAGCGAUCAUUAUAUCAUGCUUGUUGGCUUUGGGUGUCAUCAUAAACAUUCGGCAGUGGACAUUGACCGCUGAAAUCAUCAGAAAUGAACGUACACAACACGACCUAAGCGAGCCAACCGAGCCCUCGGAGUUCGCAUGGCAUCAGAUUACACCAACAAAAAAUCUGGAAUAUCACCCCUGCUUUGGUGGUUAUCAGUGUGCUCGGCUCGAGCUGCCGAUGGAUUGGAACCGGACAGAUGGCGCUGGCGAAAAAAUCGCAUUGGCGAUCACGAAACUCCCAGCCAAAGUUCCCGUCACUGACAAAAGAUACGGAGGCCCUAUAUUAUUGAAUCCAGGCGGGCCUGGCGGUUCGGGUGUGUUAAUGCUCCUAAAAUAUGGCCAGCUACUCCAAAGCAUUGCCGACUACAAUUCUCUUGCACCAGCAGCAUACGACGACCAAGGAAAGUACUUCGACAUCAUUAGCUUUGACCCUAGAGGCGUCAAUAAUACGACUCCCGGGUUUUCUUGCUUUCCGGACGCUCAAUCUCAAUAUGAGUGGAACUUGCAAACAGAAGCGACAGGCAUAUUAGGUAGUUCAGAUAAUGCGCUCCACCAAAUAUGGGCUAGAUCGGAAGCUCUAGCAGCAGCUUGUGCGAAACCCACGCCUGGCUCGGAAUGGUUGGGCAAUUUCAUGAACACCCCUCCCGUUGUGGCAGAUAUGGUUGAGCUUAUUGAACGACAUGGGGAGUGGCGUGAACAGGAAACCGAGAAACUUCUAGCUGGGAAUACCAUUCAGUUACUCCCGGGUGAAACGAGAGAAAUGGUCAGACAACGCAAUGUCUGGCAAAAAGGCGACGAGAAGCUAUUGUACUGGGGGUUCUCGUACGGAUCCAUUCUUGGGAUGACUUUUGCGGCAAUGCAGCCUCACCGGGUUCACCGAGCCGCGAUUGACGGUGUCUGUAAUGCCACCGAUUACUAUACCGGAAGGUGGCUAGCAAAUCUUCAAGAUUCCGAUUCCAUUGUUGACAAGUUCUGUGAAUAUUGCCACCAAGCGGGUCCUGAAGUCUGUCCCUUUGCAACAGGUGAAAGUGCUGAAGAUACCAAGAUAUACUUCGAUCAGAUACUCUCUUCCAUGCAAACUGGCCCGAUCGUAGUUUCUGGAAAUCCCAAUCGAGCUCCAGAUGUGGUCACCUAUAGUGACCUAAAGACCUUGAUUGGAGAAGCACUAUAUGCCCCAUACAAACUGUUUGAGCCCCUGGCGAAGGUUAUUGCAGAAGUUAGCCGUGGAAAUGGCACCUAUUUAUCACAGCUGAAGGAAGAAAACCGGGAAGAGAUACGACCAACCCCAUCUCGAUGUCAGAACGACGAUGUAUUAUGGGAGACAUGUGGCCAAUUCUACGACUAUCUUGCUUGGGGUGGAAGGAAAAACCAGCCUGGCGGUUCGAAGGUAUAUCCUCCUCCUCUUCGUGACCACAAGAUGCAGAAAGCUGAUGUCAAAUUCUGGGGAAACCAGGCGAGAUUGCUGGCGAUACGGCGCAUCCAUUACUUUUCAUAG